AUGAUAGAUGGGUUCUACAAUGUGCAAGAAGCCAGAAGCUCCAUUGACACCCUCAUUGAAGACAGGAUAAAGAAAGACCCCCAUCAUCUCAUGCAGAUAGCACAGGAUACAACAGCAUUCAAAGAAGCAGAACUCGCAUUUGAUGACAAUGCACAGUGCUGGUGCUUAAUACAUCGUGCAGAGACCAUGGACGCAGUGGACGAGAUGAUUUUCACCACUACAGGCACACUAGUGGCAAUGGACUUGCCGCCAAUUCUAAAAGAGAACAGUGGCCCAGAGGAGAUACAGAUCAGCAAAGACAUCGACCCUAAAGAGAUACUGAGGAUACUAGGGGGGAUGAAUAUGAUGCACACUGAAGACAAUGAAGUCAGCUAUUUCAGAAGGAUAAUCAAUGGAGGAAAGAAAAAAUAUGUGAAAGUGAAAUCACAAAUGUUCAGGAUCGAAGAUAUUGUUGAAACGCAGUGCUUAAUAGUAUUCGUGAAGUGCAAAGGUGGAGGCAUAAGGAUGAAAGUGAUACUAAGGGCGUUGGCACUCAUUAACUGUGACCACACAAUGAAUGUGGCAAAGAACAAAAGGUUCGAAUACAAAGAAAGCAAAGGACCAACAGAAGGCAAACAUAGGAGAGGUAAGAACACUAGGAGCAGGGAGAAAGAUGAAGAAAGGGAAGAGGACAAUGAAAAAGAGGGGGAAGAAGGGGAAGGAAAAGGUCAGGCCAUGGAGGUAAUCAAGUAG